AUGCAAAUUCCUUCUUACCAGUCUGCUGUGGGGCUGACUUGCAGUAACCAGUCUCGACCCGAUAUGUCCAAGCAUGAAAUCGGUUUUAACGAAGAAUCGGCAUAUUCGGUUUAUGAUAGUGCUGGUCGUUACGCAUCUGUCAAGCGUCGAGCUCAGAUGCGACCAACUGCCAGCAAACGUUACGAGUAUCCACCCAAGAGACGCAAUGCUCCUCUUCCGCAGGCUUUAGUGGAAGACGACGACGACGAAGAUGGGGAUGCUUUUGAUGACAUCGAGUCAGCAGCUUCUCUUCAGGCCUCUCCGGAAGUCACACCACCGUAUAGUAUGCCGCUUAAGUUUUCAAAGCAUGCAGAUCACGUAGAUGUAUCUUACAUGCCACAUAUUGAUGACUCCAGACCACCGUCUUGUGAGACUAGCCCAUCAGACGCUUUAUUUGAGCCCCGAACUUAUCGAGCAGCUCGCCGCUUACUGGGAAGUUCAGGCACUUCAGACAGCGCUUCUCAGCGGUUCGAUCGGAAGGCUGAUGAAACGAAACUGAGGGCCGAACAGCCACUGCAGCAGUCCGCGUCGCUUUAUUCCCUGGAUGGUUCCUCACGCCGUGUGUUUGACGAUACAUCUGGAUUGCGUACGGAUCGUGCAUCGGUUGUUCUUUCCAAAACCCAGAAUCCCAUCGUUGCAGUUCGUCCCCGUCGAGCUUGUUCUGUGGAUUCUAGACCAUCAACUGACACAGACUCUGCUUCUGUUCGUGUGCGUCGUUCUUCUUCCUACCCAGCUCUCAAUAAUACUGGUGCAUCACACCAGUUUUACUGGUCACAAGAGGCUAUCAAUUCCGGCUCUUGUCGCCGCCGUCGAGGGGUUGACGAGGUUCCAUCGGAGGCUUCAGCUUCGUCCGGCUCAAUGGUUGAGCACUUGGAUAGCGAUCGAAACCGAGAGUUCUCCGAUACUGUGAAUGAACUCGAUUUUUCGAAUCGAUCUGUUUCUUCGAGGAGAAUACGCAGAUUAAGACGUGUUGCACAUGUGCCUGUUCUUACAGGGAAUCAAGAUAACCUCUCGAGGAUCUAUCGUGGGAAGGCAAAUUUGAAAUUCCGUAAUUCAUCGGUACUAAAGAAAUCUAUGCGUUUGCGAGCAGAAGUGCGCCCACAGUUGACAGCUUCACCAGACUCUGUGCUAACAGAGGAUUACAGUGGUCAUGACGAUGUCGAUGAUAUGGAUACAGAAUACUACGACGAUGACCUGUUUGACAUGGCUGAUGCGGAGCAUUCGACAAAAUCUUCCAGGACACAGUCCAAUAAACCUUUGACAGCAAGAUGUAGUGCUCGUUGUUCACCCGGUUCCUUUACUAGGACAGGUUUCCCAACUGCGUCGAUGCGCCAGCAACAUGCACUCAAAGCGGAAAAUGCUCGCCUUCGUAGAAAACUGUCAGACUUAAUGCGACAACGUGGUGACUUACGGGCUGCCAAUGAAAUCCUACUGCAGCAAAAUGCUCGACUGCGCCAUUCCAGCAAACGUGUUUCCGCCGUUGCUCGCAUGGCGGAGUCUGCGACUAAAAUCAUUGAGGCGCACAAUAAAUCUCAACUGGUGCAGUCAGCUCCACAGACACUGUCGGCUCCUGUUUAUCGCACCUCGGGUACGGUGGCGGUUGUAGCUGCACAACAACAACAAACAAACACUCCACCACUAGGUGGCGUCUAUGUUUCUUCCCCGACCGCCUCCAACAGUCAACAAGCACCACACGCAGUUGCUGCUCUUAGUGGUCCGAAUUCACUUUUCCCAUCUGCUGUUGUGGCUAGUGCUGUCCCUGGUACUGCGAUUGCACUUCCUUCUCAUCAGCCGUUAACGACGGUUCAAAUUCAGUCCUCAUCGGAAACUAUGGUUCCAACGUCAGUCUCUACGCAAACCCCAAUGAUCCAUCAGCACAAUGAAUCACUCACUCCUCAGCCGAGUCUUACGAGUUUUUAUCAACACCCGCUCGGACAUCCGCUGGGGACUCUCUCGGCUUCUAUCGCAAGUGUUGCACACACUAAUUUGGCACCAGUUUCAUCGGCAAUACAAGUUUGUCAUUAUCCUGCCCCUUCAGGUGGCACAAUGUACCCUAGUGUGCCGCACGCUGCCGCCGCAACACCAGGAAUGGUUCCAGUCGGUACUCCUAAUGCAGUGACGCUGGUUCUCGGUCAGGCGCCUCCGGCAGCAUAUGCCCCUAUUGGACCACAAGGACCUCCCGGUUUGCAUUUGACCAGUAACUUGAAAACAGAGUCUGCAUCCGUGGGGUCUGUUUCUCAGUUAUCUUAUCCCUUUCCCGGUCCUUCAGCUGUGUUAACCCCAGUCCCACAAUGUCCUCCUACAUGCUCCCUGGCCAGCCCUGAUGUGCUUGGUAAUUCAGCCAGUCUCUCUUUGGCUUCUGCUCCAUCAAAUAAUCUUAUCGAAACCAAUUCGGGUACUCCUCCACAAGCGCCGGAUUACUCUCCACACAGCGUGACAAAUCGAAACGUUACGCGUCGUGAGAAAAGAUCUAAAGUUCACUGA